AUGCUCAUAGUGCGAAUAUCCCGACUUUAUUUGGGAAGAACAUUCUCCGCCUCGGCUCCAUGUUCUUCUUCGGCGAUUCCUCAAAAGAACACAGUUCCAUGUCCACAGAUCCUUCACAAGGGUGAACGGCCCGAAGUUUAUCAGUGCGAAUAUCCCGACUUUAUUUGGGAAGAACAUUCUCUGCCUCGGCUCCAUGUUCUUCUUCGGCGGUUCCUCAAAAGAACACAGUUCCAUGUCCACAGAUCCUUCACAAGGGUGAACGGCCCGAGGUUUAUCAGAGAAGGAUGUUUACUUUCUUUUCCGUUUUUUGUGAUAAACACUUCACUUUGUUUCUCCUUGCAUUCACAGAUAGAUGGGAAAAGCAUACCAACCGACACAACGUGGAACUUGAGCCCGGCUGUUCACAGUCUGCUCAAUCGUCGUCUACUUCAGGAUCAGUAUAAUCCUCUAUCCUUACUGAAACAAAGAAUUGUUGAUUAUAUGCAUCAAACUUACAGGAAAGGUGGAGGUGAUAACAGAUGCCCUAUUUUCGUAAUUAUCACAACAAAUGUUUUUUCAGCAUCCAGAAGUCCCCUUUUCACUGUUUGUGAGAAUGAACCACGAAUUGUAACGACUUUUGAGAAUUUUGACUCACUUCUCACACCUCUGGACCACGUUUCAAGGAGGCCGUCUGAUACCUAUUACAUCAACAAGACCCACUGCCUCCGAGCGCACACUUCCGCCCAUCAGUAUCAGCUUAUGAAAGAAGGAUUAGAUGCUUUUCUUGUCGUUGGAGACGUAUAUCGACGUGAUGAAGUGGAUCGUACGCACUAUCCAUGUUUCCAUCAGCUCGAGGGUGUUCGCUUAUUCUCACCAACUCAACUUUUCAAUACUUCUUAUGAAAAUAAAGUGCCUAUUUUUGAAAAAGGUGAAAGAACUCCUGAAAAGCAAGAACGGCAUACCCUGGAUGCAUCAAAAGCGCUUGAAAUACAGUUGAAAACUACUCUUGAGGGCCUCAGCGAUGCGCUAUUUGGAAGCUCAUGUGAGAAGCGAUGGGUGGAAGCCUACUUUCCAUUCACGCAUCCCUCCUUUGAAUUAGAAGUGUUUUACGAAGACAAAUGGAUGGAAGUGCUGGGUUGUGGAAUUAUGGAGCAGAAACUGUUAGAAUCAGCUGGUGUUCGGGAUCAAGCUGGUUGGGCUUUUGGCCUCGGACUUGAGCGGCUAGCCAUGAUAUUGUAUGGCAUUCCGGAUAUUCGGCUUUUUUGGUCAACAGACUCGGGAUUUCUCUCGCAGUUCUACGACAAAUCACCUACAGAAGAAAUCAAGUACAAACCCAUCAGCGUACACCCUCAGGCAAGCUUAUAUACGCUUUUGUCUGUAGUUUCGGAAAUACCCAGAGUCCUUAAAGGUUCUGUGAAACUCACGGAUGAGUUCCUGAAUAAGAAGAAAAAUCGCCGCAGCCAGACAUACCGUAUUGUGUAUAGAAGCCACUCCAAAGCACUAACCAAGGACGAAGUAAAUGUUAUCCACAAGAGGAUUACUGAUCAGCUUGUAGAACAAUAUGGAGUAACUAUGCGGUAG